CGUAUGUGAAUUGAAACGUAGCUGCAGCUCGGGGUUACAAGAUGGCGGACGUUGUGUUGGAGCGAUAAUAGAGCGAGAGAACUAGACCCGGUUUGUAUUAUUUUUGGGGGGUUAAAAAGAGCGAAUAAAGCCGCUGUUUUUUGUUUAUUCGCGGGGUAUUUAGUGUGUUAGGAGGUAAGAUGUGGUUAUUAGGUGUGAUGAAGUGUAGGAGUUGAAAGGUGGGGGUUACAUAAAAAAGGGUCGCGUUGAAAGGGGGAGGGAGGAGGAUUUUUCGGGGGGUUUGUGAUUGAGGGGUUGAAGCAUGUCGGAUACGCGGCGGCGUGUGAAAGUCUACACGCUCAACGAGGAGAGGCAAUGGGACGACCAGGGAACCGGACACGUUUCAUCCGCCUAUGUGGAUCGGUUGAACGGGAUCGCGCUGCUGGUGCGGGCCGAGGCGGACGGGUCUCUGUUACUGGAGUCCAAAAUCAACCCAAACACGGCGUAUCAGAAACAGCAGGACACUCUUAUCGUUUGGUCCGAGGCGGAGAAUUAUGAUCUGGCGUUGAGUUUCCAAGAGAAAGCAGGCUGUGAUGAAAUCUGGGAGAAGAUCUGUCAGGUCCAGGGUAAAGACCCGUCUGUGGAGAUCACCCAGGAUCCCAUUGAUGAGUCCGAGGAGGAGCGUUUCGAGGAGAUUCCCGAGACGAGCCACACGGUGGAGCUUCCAGCCUGCGAGCUGGCACACCUGGAGGAGAUCGCUGACCUGGUGACCUCGGUCCUGUCGUCCCCCAUCCGCAGGGAGAAGUUGGCGCUGGCGCUGGUGAGCGACGGCUACAUGCAGAGGCUGCUGCAGCUCUUCAGGACGUGCGAGGAACUGGGCGAGCACGAGGGUCUGCGCCACUUGUACGAGAUCGUACGCGGUGCGCUCUUCCUUAACAAGGCGGCGCUGUUCGAGGUCAUGUUCUCGGACGAGUGCAUCAUGGACGUGGUGGGCUGCCUGGAGUACGACCCGGCGCUCAUCCAGCCCAGGAGGCACCGCGACUUCCUCACCAACACCGCGCGCUUCAAAGAGGUGAUUCCCAUCACGGACUCGGAACUCAGGCAGAAGAUCCACCAGACCUACCGCGUGCAGUACAUCCAGGACAUCAUCCUGCCCACGCCCUCCGUCUUCGAGGAGAACUUCCUCUCCACACUCACCUCCUUCAUCUUCUUCAACAAGGUGGAGAUCGUGAGCAUGCUGCAGGAGGACGAGAAAUUCCUGACUGAAGUGUUUGCUCAGCUCACAGAUGAAGCCACAGAAGAUGGGAAAAGGAGAGAGCUGGUGAACUUCUUUAAAGAGUUCUGCGCUUUCUCACAAACGCUUCAGCCUCAGAACAGAGACGCGUUUUUCAAGACUCUGGCGAAUUUAGGAAUUUUACCCGCACUGGAAAUUAUAAUGGGGAUGGAUGACCUGCAGGUGCGAGCGGCAGCCACAGACAUCUUCUCCUACCUGGUGGAGUUCAGUCCGUCCAUGGUGCGAGAGUUUGUGAUGCAGGAGCCACAGCAGGCUGAAGAUGAUGAUGUUCUUCUGAUCAACCUGGUGAUAAAGCAGAUGAUCUGUGACUCGGAUCCCGAGCUGGGCGGAGCCGUGCAGCUCAUGGGUCUUCUCCGGACCCUCAUUGACCCCGAGAACAUGCUGGCUCCCACCAACAAAACCGAGAAGACAGAGUUCCUCAGCUUUUUCUACAAGUACUGCAUGCACGUUCUCACCGCGCCGCUGCUGGCCAACACGGCCGAGGAGAGGAAAGAUUUACCCGAAGGAUCCACGAAAGUAAAGCCGGUUUGUCCAGACAAUUUCCAGACGGCUCAGCUCCUCGCUCUGAUCCUGGAGCUGCUGACGUUCUGCGUGGAGCACCACACGUACCACAUCAAGAACUACAUAAUGAACAAGGACCUGUUGAGAAGAGUGCUGGUGCUCAUGAACUCCAAACACACCUUCCUCGCCCUCUGUGCCUUGCGUUUCAUGAGGAGGAUAAUCGGCCUGAAGGAUGAGUACUACAACCGCUACAUCAUCAAAGGGAACCUGUUCGAGCCAGUCAUCAACGCUUUGCUGGACAACGGGACGAGGUACAACCUCCUCAACUCGGCCAUCAUCGAGCUCUUCGAAUUCAUCAAAGUGGAGGACAUUAAGUCGCUCAUCGCUCACAUCGUCGACAAUUUCUACAAAGCACUCGAGUCCAUCGAAUAUGUCCAGACGUUCAAAGGUCUAAAGGGUCGCUACGAGCAAGAGAAGAACAGACAGAGCCGAGGGCUCAGCAGGUACCGGCGUGACGCCCGGUCUGUCGAGGACGACGAAGACAUCUGGUUCAACGAAGAAGACGACGAGGACGAGACCGACUCCGGAGUCGAAAAGCGGGUCGAGGAAGAUUUUCCUGAAAGCUACGGAAAGUUUAUGGGAGCCAAAAAAGUUAAAGAAAGCGAGGACAAGGAGAACCUCCCAAAGAGAACGCAGACCGGCAGCUUUAAGUUCACCAUCUCGCAUUCCACUGCCACCGCCAACGCAAACGGCGAGAAACCGGCGCCAUCCGCAUCCCCCGCCAGUCCAAACAGCUCCUCGGCCAAGGGGGUGACGGUCGCCUCAACGCCGGUGGUCAAGACCGGACUGGUGGGUCUCGUGGACUACCCCGAUGAUGAAGACGAGGAAGGAGAGGACGAAGAGGACGAGGACGACGAUCUGGCUCCCCGAAAGCGCCCUCGUCUGGGCUCGUAAAAAAACAACCCAUCAAUCAAUCCAAAAAAAAAAAAAAAGAACGCGUCCGCAAUUCCACGGUGCCGAAGAGUCCCGGAUUUAGGGGAGCGACAGGAUUAGGACACGACCUGAACUCUCCUGCUUCAGCACAACCAUCAGACACGAGCAGCCGAGCCACGCCGCGGUCACGCGUCCUUCUCUCCGUCUUCUUUUUCUCCAUCCUACUCCAUCCUCCCCCCCCCCCACCCCCCGUGACCCGGCCGUGCCGAGCUGUCUGAGCAGGAACGCAGAAACUUCUUCACAGCUGGGGAUUUUUUUCUUCUUUUUUUUUUUUUUUCCCCUCCACACACCAGAGAGCUGUUCAGCCUAGCAGGACUAGCUAUUUAGGAAUAGAAGACUGAUUGGCUGAGCCUACUGAUCCACUGGUUCGGUUAAGGGAGCAUAAAAUUGGAAAAAAAAAGGGGGGGUGGGGUGAGGGGCCAAACCAAAAUAAAAAAAGAAAAGGGUCUGAGGAGCAGGACUUGUAUGUUGUCCAUGUCCUUGACUUGAAACUAGAACCUCGUGUCUUUCAUGAUUUUAUCACCAGUCGUUGUACAGCAGUACCAUUUCCACCCCAACCACCCCCCCCCCCCUUUUUUUUAUUUUAUUUUUUUUUAAUUUGGAAAAGAGUAACAUGCCAGUGUACAUUGUUCUCAUCCUCUUUUGGCACGCUUUAUAGCGGACCCAUGGUUGCCCCCCACCCCACCCACCCAUUAUUAUUAUUUUUUUUAAUCCAGUUUGUUUUAUUCGUUUGAAGAACACUUCACUCGAAAGAAGUUGUGAUGCUGUUUUUAAUAACGUCUAUUAAACACGUAUUAAACCGCAGUCGAAGUUGUUUUGCAGAUGAACGGAACACGGCCCCGCCUCCUCUCGUGUCAUAAACGAAGGCUUCUCGGAGGAGCGCAGGCUCCGCUCCUCAGCCGCGGAUCUCGAACGCGACGCAUCACCAGCACGCGGCGUUUCUCUUUUUAUCGUUCACAAAGACCGACCUCUCAAUAAGCCAUAGAAGGCGGUUCCUGGCGUCGUUUCAGGGCCGUAGUUUGCAGCUCAGCGAGAAGUUUUUGCAUGCGGAUGAAGUUUCACCAGCUGGAAACGGCAUCUGAUUGUGUGGCCAGGAACCCAGUAAAGAACCAGUAUAAUUCUAGAGUAUUGAAGGCUUUGGUUUUAUGUGUUUGGUUUUUUUUUUUUUCUUUCUUUGUUCUUCAUAACCUCCACAGGAAUUGUGUACCGUUCGUUUGUGAUUUUGAAUUAAAUUGGCCUCCAAACAAGCGGAUGAGUUAGAGGUGCAUUCUCUAUCAUGUUCUGUAAAUGAAACCUCUAACAAUAGAAGGACAAGGAAACUGUAGAACUUGUGUGGAAACGCCGCGUCUUUGAUGGCUUUUAAGACGCAAGUGUGUGUUCCUUUUAAAUUCUAUGUAACAAACUAAAAUCACAAAGUGGAAGAACGUUCUGUGGGGUCCAAAUUGGACAUUUUUCGUCUCUACCAGAAGAACUUGUGCAAGACUGAGACCAGGAGAGCAUGUUAGUAGACUGCUCCACCUCCACAGGUGCAAGUUGAAUGAGUUGUUUUGAAGCAGGGAAGGUUGGAGACCAUAUUCCAGUUGGGUGAACGAACCAACAUACGUCAGCACACGACAAAACGAUGAAACGUACGAAGCAUACGUCCAAGUAUGGUGAGCGUUAUUCAGAGCGUAAACAGUCGUGUGGAGUAUCUAUGGAAAGGCUGCCCAAGGUCACCCCAACUAAAUUCUAUCGAACUGCUCUGGAGUCAAAAAAAUAAAUAAAUUGAAAAACUUUUUUUUUUUUUUAAGGUAUUUGAUUUUGGAGAAAAGAGCUGUCCGUGGUGCUGAGAGUGUGUAAAGCUGUUGUUCAUGCAAAGGUGGGAUUUUUCAAUGCAAAUAAAGUCUGUCCGUUUAUUUA